ACCUUUGGUAAGAUAAGAUAACCGACCGUAGAUCCUUCACUGUUAGUGUUCAACUUGUUGGUGCAGCAUCUAUGCGUUCAUUGGUCUCUGCACAUGUCGCUGUGACAGUUCCAGCAUACUGUUGCUGUCAGCAAGAAGUCUCGUUGUACUUGUGGUGGAGAGCGGCCGAGAGAGAGACCUCUCAUUUAUAUCUCCGCCUUGAGCAAGCGUCCUCUGCCUCGUCCGAGGGCUUACUGCCCCACCUGCAGCAGUGAGGGGAAGGAGAAGUAGGUAAACUAUGAGUGACGAGAGGCGAGUUAAGGCAGCAGAGAGCAGCUGGACAGCAGCAGGGAACAGCAGGGGGCGGGUGGUCCCCCGAGCCCCCUCCUCCUGCAGACCGGAGGGGCUCAAGUAUGUAGUGCCCACUAUGAUAGUCCGGGCUGUGUGCAGGAGCAUGAGGUUAUGGUAUGCAGUUCUCAUGUUCCUCAUAGUCUACUUACUGGCCCUGGUGCUCUUCACACUCCCACUCUCAUCAUUCCUCUCCCCAUCUCUCAAACCCAUCUCCCACCGUCAAUCCCCAGAGAAGAGCUCGGGUGGAGUGAAGCUCCUCAACAAACCUGGCAAGAACCUGAUCGAAGAAGUAACAUUACCAUCAUCUUGGAACACCUCACUGGACCUUCUCCACCGUCUAGAGGCCAGGCGACAACACCUCCGCCAGAUGUGUUCAAAGGAGGGGCUGGACCAACCCACAAAAGAUUAUCAAAUCAAUGCUUGGGAGUUCCUCAUCAACCGGGAAUUCGGGCUGGUGUGGUGCAACGUGUUCAAGGCCGCCUCUUCCACCUGGCUUUGGAACUUCAACCUCCUCGCUGGUUACACUGAAAAACAGCUCCUUAAGUCCAACGAUUCCCCCAUUCAGCUGGCGCGUCGAAAGUACCCUAGACCAUCAGUGGCAGAGCUACAAGAGGUGAUGAACGGUGACACGCCGCCUCUCUCCUUUAUGAUCACAAGACACCCCUUCCUGCGUCUGGUGUCUGCCUACAGGAAUAAAAUUCUCAGUGGCAACGAAAUUUACAGGAACGUCAUGAAGGGUAUAUUAAUAAAGUACAAGCAUCUUGGUCCCCCUGUACCCAUGAAGGUCACUAAUGGGAAGAAGCCUCCCAAGGGCGCUGUCUCGCCAUCUUUCAGUCAGUUCGUCCAAUGGGUGCUGGACGAGGCUGCGAGCGGUCGGCCUCUGGACAUGCACUGGAUCCCACAGACUACCUUCUGCACCCCGUGUCUCGUCGACUUCGCCGUUCUUGCCAAGAUGGAAACACUCGAGGAAGACGGGAACUAUAUCAUCUUCACUUCAGGGAUUAACCAAGUGAUUCAACCCAAGAGGAUCAACAGGUCAACAGGAGAGUCAACGGAGGAGGCAGCCAUGUGGUUCCUGUGCCAGCUGUCAACAUCUCAGAUUGAUGCUCUGCUAGUUCUUUACCGUCUCGACCUCCUCCUUUUCGACUACGAUGCCUCCAUCUUCCACAACUGCACCUCCAGUACUUAAUGUCCACCCCUUUCACUGACUCUACAUUGCUCUUCCAUUAGUUAAUAUCCCCCCCCCUUCCCCACCAUACUGCUCCACCUACACUAUACAUAAUGCAACAUCUUCCCUCUCCAUACUCUAAUGGAGUAUACUCUACCUCUUGGAUUGUAUUUAACUUGAAAUGCAUAAUUUAAUUUUAUCACUGUGAAAUAGAAAUUAUAAAUAACUUCAAUUUACAUUUUCCUAUUUACUGUAUUGUGUUUACAGACCAUAUACUGUGGUACAAGCAUCUGUAUUCUACCAAUCUUGGAGUUUAGACUCAUGAUUGUUGUUAUAGAUUCAGCUACUCGGAACAAGCUCCAAGUAGCACGGGCUAUAGUGAGCCCAUAACUUACCUGGAACAGGAGCGGGGCAAGUAGCACAGGCUAUGGUGAGCCCCCACUGGCACAGGAGCGGUGCUGUGUGACUCAUGAUUUGCUGAAGAGGACUUAUAUUACAAGCUUCCGCUCACCUUGGCCAAACUGAUCAACAUCUGGUAGGUUAUCUGUACUCGCCUAUUUGUGCUUGUGGGGGUUGAGCUCUGGCUCUUUGGCCUGAUUGAUCCUGUACCCUUUGGAAGAGAUAUUAAUUGUAAUUAAUGGACCAAGAAUUAAUGUAGAACUUCUUGGAAUGGGGAACACGUAGGUUAUGUUGAAUUAACAGAUCCAUCUCUAUCUCAUUAUCUGUCAUUAACCUAACGAAAGUAUAGAGCAAGUAUAUUACUUCUUUUAAUAUAGUUGCUACAAUACCAUAAUCAAAUACACCACAGUCCUUCUCCAUGGGUUCACAUCCUGCAAGGAUUGACUUAAACUUUCCUUUCCUUUUUCUGAAUUUUAGAGAAAAUGAGGAAGCUCUUAUAUAACUUGAACUUUAAAUCUUUGUUAAAGAUAGUAGACGGUGACGACCCGUUACAUCAGCUACCUGACUUGGUCUUAAAAUUUCUGAAAGGAAUACUAUGCUUAACAAUUCUUUAAAAAUUAUAUUUUCCACUUAAAUACAUAUUCUAAUAAUUACUACAAAUGGUACAGUAGAAUCUCUGUAAGACUGCUACAGGAAAAUAAGUGUGAUAUACAGUACUGUACAAGAGUUUGAAUUAUUUAUCCAAAAUUGUGUUAAAUCCUAGACUUUACAAAGCUUUUAAUGCCAGUUCAGGUACAGUACUUAGCAAUCACUAAACAA